GCCGAAACCGAAAGGGAACCCAACCCAGAAGCCAGAACAUCGCGGCUGACACGGACCCGAUGUCGCUGGUCGCCUACGACGCCUCCUCCGACGAGGACGCCGCCGCCGAGCCUCCCGCCGCGGCGACGGCCUCACCACCCCUCAUAGCCUCCUCCAUCGUGCCGCAGCCGAGGCCUCCGUCGCCUUCGACGUCGGUGGGCGCCGCUCCCCAGCCCACUCCGCCUUCCCCCCGCCAGAAUGUAGCACCCACUAGUUCAAGUAAUGUCUCCUUGCCUACACCGUCAUUAGACCUCCCAGAUGUUGCAGAUCUCUUUGCUCCACCUUCUCUUCAGUCUCUACAGUCAAGAGCUACUGGCCAUUCCUCUAGAGAGAAUGCUUCAAGGAAGAGAGAAUCAAAUGGAUCUACUUUUAAUGACUCAUGCAGUAAAUUUCCAAGGAUGCAAUCACUACCCCAUGGUUCAAGGAGUGCUGCAGGGAACACUCUAAUUCCACCACAGCUUCGUGGAAGGAGCAACGUUGUUACUGAAGAUAUGAGCAAACUGUUUGUGGCUCAGCUCAAAGAGUAGCAUUUAACAUUUUGUGAACCUGAACCUCUAUUUGGAUUUCAUCGACACGUGUACGGACUGGCUCCUGUUGUCCUGGAUGUGCGGUAUGAUUGAAGGAUGUUGCUGAGUCCAAAAAAAAAAAGACGUUAAUGUUGCUGGCUUACUGCAACCUAGAUUCGUAGACAACAGUGGGUUGUCGUCAGAUAUAGGAAGUGCUUUUUUCUGACAUUUAUUCGGUGUUCCCUUGUGAUUGCUGUGCAACAAUGCUACAUGCCUGAUGUUGGAAUCAUGUAACUCUGUUAUGACAAUUAGAUGCUGUUAGGAGUUAGGACUAGAUGCUACACCAUUUAUCUUUUGAUUGGUGACAAUCAUGUAUGAUACUCUUUUUUUUCCAGAGCCUGGUUAGCUUUGUUUGGAAAAAGAACAUGCACGCAUUA